UUCAUUACAGCUACCAUAUUUUUUUCAUUAAAAAACUUCCCGAGCGACGUCGCGUGCCGCUUUGGGUUUUGGUUCUGCUUCUUGUGUCCUUGUCGGCACUUUUCAUUCCCUCAUCUGAAUACUUGAGAAAUACGCGCGUCGCAGCGUCACUUGCCCACAAUGUUCGGUCAAGUGCGUACGAACCGGUCGACGGUCCUCAUGGCCGGCACCGUUAUCUUUUUGGUCGCUUUUGUUAGCCUGGCCUACAACCAUCUCGACAAGUGGGAGCCUCCUGCUGAUGUCGCUACCGAUACCGAGACUUCCAUCAUUGGCGAUACCCAUGAUCAGCCUCAUCACGACGAGCCUAAAAAGACUGAGCCUACUGAGCCACACGGCGCCAUGUCCAAGCCCGACCACGCCUCCAAUGCUACCACCGAGCUUGGCGACUACUACUUCAACUACAUCAUGAAGGCCCGCGUCAAGCCUACCGAUAAGAAGUACGCUCCUUUCGGUGCUUUCCCCAUGGAGCUCCCUGGCGAGGCCAAGUGGACCAGCAUGGUCGGCGAGGACCUCUGCAUUAUCGAUCUCGACAACCGUCCUUUCAACGAGCCCGGCCAAAUCUUCUCCGAGGGUCUGAUGAGCUGGGACCGCGCUGACGAGGCUCACGGUCUGUCUCUUGGUGUCCUGAACCACUGGCUCUACGCCAAGAACCACGGUUACAAGUACUACUACGUUGACAUCACCGACCCCUUUGAGGACCGCCGCAACUCGUGGAAGAAGCCCCCGAUUCUGUCCAAGAUCCUCAAGAAGCACAAGGCCUGCAUUUUCCUUGACUCCGAUGCCGUCUUCCACCACAUCGAUCUUCCUUUUGAGUGGCUCAUGAACUACUGGCAGCUCCACCCCGACACCAACUCUCUGGCCCUUGCCUACGACCCCACCCACAAGAACAACAUGGACAAGUUUGACAAGGUCUACCUCAACACUGGUUUCAUCGUUCUCCAGAACAAUGAGAAGACCUUUGAGAUCCUCAAGGAGUGGGAGGACUGCCCCAACGAGGGUGGCAAGCACCCCGACUGUGUCGAUUUCCGAAAGAACCGCCCCGGUAAGCCCACCGACCAGGGUGGUUUCGGCACCUACAUCCGUUACGAUUACCCGAAGGACAUCAAGGAUCUUCCUUGCACCGAGGCCAACGGUUUCCCCGAGAGCAAGUCUGGAUGUGAAGGAAAGUUCAUCAAGCAUCUCUGGACCGGAAAGAAGGACCACAUCAAGGUGGUCAUCGGCCAGCAAGUGCCCGGUGACCUGCUCGAGAUGUUCCACAAACAAUUCAUGGAAGAGAAGCCCAAGUUCUUCAUCUCUGAGCGAGAUGUCAUGGCCUGGAAAUAAAUAAUGAACAUGCUUUAAUGAGACGAGAGUACUAGAAAAGACGGACAACAUGACAAAGGACGGCUUUCGAAUCUUUUUUUUAAUAACUGUACUUUAACUAUACCAUCCAGGAGAGUGGUACACACACACCUUUUACCCCCUUCACAAAUGGGUCUUCAUUAUGGUGUUUUUGGGAGUGUUUUAUGGUUUACAGAGAGCCGAACUUGAGACCGAAACGUUGGGAUCAUUUUUCACACCAUGUAUGCGACGCAAUGUAAUGCGGUCGAGUUUCAGCAUGACUCGGUUUAUGAGUAAUAAGAAAAUAUGAGUUUAUAACAAG